AUGGCCGAUGCUGAACUAGCAACCAAAGCUCCCGAAUCCGAUGCAAUGGAAAUCCAAGGCGAACCAUCUGUUGUCUCAUCCGCAGACUCCAAGGGUGAGACUGGCGCCAGCAUGGGGGAACACUGUGUUACAGACCGCCCGGCGCCUGACGAUCGUCAACCAUCCGGCGAAAUGUCCAAGAUGGGCGAUGUUGAUGUCUACAUCUCGAAACCCGCUGAUUAUCCCAAGACCCCGGCAAAGCUUCUCUUACUCCUUACCGCCGGUACGGGUGUGCACUCGGUAAACAAUCAGAUCCAAGCGGAUAUGUUCGCCGCCGAAGGCUUCGUGGUGAUCAUGCCCGACCAGUUCAAGGGUGAUCCGGCGCCGAGUUCCAACAAGACUACCAUGCUCAGCUCUCCCGGCUCUCCUGGGGAGCCGCCGCAGAGUCCAAGCAUCCUCGAACGAAUUAAACUUGGUGCCGCGGAGACGGCCAAGUCAUUCCUUGUGGACAUGUGGCUGGCCCGCCAAACACCAGAGAAAGUCCUCCCCAUCUUACUAAAGGUGAUUGAGACAUGCAAGGACGAGUACGCCGAUGCUGUCGCCCAUGGAGAAGGGAUCUACAGCGUGGGCUACUGUUUUGGGGGAAAAUACGUGAUCAUGCUAGCCGGCGAACAUCCCGAUCAUGUCAUACAAGCGCAGGCGGCGAAGGAUGAAGAAGAGGGGAUGAUUAAGAAGGGGCCGCUAAUUAAGACGGGCGCUGUUGCUCACGCGACGAUGGUGACGCGGGAAGAUCUGAAGGCUGUCAGGAUGCCACUGACUAUGGUUUGCGUCGAGAAUGACCCUCUAUUUCCUGACGAAGUGCUGGAAGUUGGUCGAAAACACCUUGCAGCAAGCAGCAUCGAGCAUGAGAUCAAGACAUAUCCGGAGGUCCCGCAUGGAUUUGCGGUGUACGGAGAUUAUGAUUCGCCCGCAAUUAAAAGAGCCCAGGAAGCAGCUUUUCAACAGAUGCUGAACUGGCUGAAGUCGCACUAA